UCUCCACCAAUUCCUCCGAUCGAUGGCAGAAAUAAUGUGGUGGCAGCGUCGCCAGCUAGGAUUCCUACCGUCGAGCUAAAGGGCCUUGUAGGGUUUAGCAGUUUGCCUGACCAACUGGUGCAUAAAGCGAAAAAGAACGGCUUCAUCUUCAAUAUCAUAUGCGUGGGCGAAACCGGCAUCGGCAAGUCGACCCUGAUCGAGUCUUUGUUCAGCAUGGACUUCAACUUUGAACCAUGUAGCUAUGAGCUGACUACUGUCGAACUGCGGCCUUAUACUUUCGUUCGAGAGCUACCUGCAAGAGGAACUGAAAAUCAAGCGGUGCCUGAAGUUCUUCAGCGACUCGAGAAUUCACGCCUGUUUGUAUUUCAUUUCUCCCACUGGCCAUGGGUCAGUACUUCAUUCAUACAUCGCUUUUUUAUGAUCAUUGUGACACUCGAUGUAGUAGCGUUGAAGGAAUUGUGUCGAACCACUAACGUCAUUCCGAUUAUCGCCAAGGCGGACACGGUGUCAAAGGAAGAAUUAAAAAGGUUCAAAAGCAAGAUCCUCACAGAACUGAAAACCAACGGCAUUGAAAUCUACCGCUUUCCAGAAGACGAUGAGACAUUUAGAGACCAGAAUGAAAAACUUAAUAUGCAGCAGAAAAAUGACCACACGUUAGCGGAAUAUCAGGCAGAACUUCAUAGAUUGCAAGAAGAAAGCAAGCUGCUUGAAAAGGCGUGUGCUGAUUUUCAGAACCGAAAGACGCAGUUUCUUUCUCUGAAACGAAAAAAAUAA